UUCCGCGCCCGUGUGUGUGUGUGUCUCGGCUCCAUCUUCUGCCCGCUCCGAAACGGGCCGGCUGCUACUUUGCAAAAACUCCGUCCACUUUCUGGCGACUGCAUCCCGCCCGCCUGGGUACAAACAGAAGAAGGGACUGGGUGCCGAAGAAGGAAUAUUAUUACAAAUAAGGCCCAGCAGCAGCAGGAGACCAAGGUGUGCCCCAAUGCCAGGGGUGGAACUGGCAAAGCAGGUUGAAUCACACGCAGAAGGGAUCAGAAGGCCACCAAAAAAGAGGAGGCAGCUGGUGUUCUGAAAGCACCGUUCGAUCAAUGCCAGAGAAGGCAAGAGGCGGUUUCCCCCGGAAAGGGUUGGCUCAUCAUGACCAGUCUUAAACCUACAACCAAAGCAGCCGGCCUCUCCCCUCGGCACCACGGCUGCUCCUCGAGUUCGUGACAUGCUUUCCCUGGGGGGUGUCCCCCCACCAAAACAUUUGGUGCAAUGGCGGAGCAUCUCAAGGCCCGACCAAGUUUUGAGUGCAUCUCUGGCCUCUUGGCCGGCAUCCCGGAAGACAAGCUGGUUCUCCUGAAACACAAAUUGAACUGUGUGAGGCAGGAUACCAGGAGCUGCAAACUCCUGCAGGCGAUGAUCCUGUUGACCCUCAGGCGAGAGGCAGAGGCCAGGGAGAUCCUGGACACUUUGGGGGACGAUGUGGCGGCGGCCCAUAUCUGCAGAAGUCACUGGGGCAGCACGCAGGUAAGCGCCGUUCAUCCGCCAACGCAAGAGGCCCAGGUGGCCCAGGCAGUGGCUCAGAUCUAUUCACUGCUAGUGGAAUUAAAACUGUGUGGUCCCCAGGCCAGAGACGAAGCCUAUCGGGCAGCUAUCAAGGCCUUUUGCAGCAACAACGGGGUCCAGAGCGCCAAGCUGGAUGCCCUCCUGGCUGAAGCACGGGAUAAGUGUGGCCUUGGUUUUGCCGCCGAAGUGGCGAGCGGUGGAUUUAAUACUCUGAAAACUGGCUCGGAGAAACUCCCGAGGAGUGUCCCGGUUCCAAUUAAUCGUUCGUUGGGAGCGUUGGCUAAGCCCCUGCGUUCCACCGGCACACCCGCCUCCUUCGUGAGCCACUUCGAGAUCAGCGAUUCCCCCACCGUGCCCUAUCUCAGUCGGGUAUCUCACCGGUGUGGUGCCCCCGAGGCCAGCAAGCUUUGCGAGAUCGCCCCCGGUUCUUCGGCGCAACCUGGUGAAGGGGGCACUAGUCUGGUGUCACCGUCUGUUAGCCGGUCCGAGAGCCCGGGUGUGCAGGAGCAGCCCAAAAGCCACAGCACAGAUGAUCUCCAAGGGAGCUGUUUGGGUUCUUUGGGGUCCUCUCACAACGACGAUGUACUGUCUCUGGAGGAGAGUGUUCGGAGCCCUGUGGAAUGUACUGAACCCCCAAAUAUAAUGCCAGCAGCAGCAUUGCAGGAUCUCAAAGAAGACAUACCCCCAAAUUUGAGGACUGCAUGCCCACUGCUAGCUGACCCAGCUACUGAAGGCUGUAUCCAAACGUCCGUAGAGUAUUCUUGUUCUCCGUGUCAAAGCACCGGUCCUAAAGACACGUCUUCUUCAACAGAUGUCCCUCCUGUAGCAGCCUCCUCCUCCUCCUCCACAGACUCAACAGGCGAUGAAGACCAGUUCUUCAUGUUCGUUGUUGUGCAUGCGAAUGAAGACGAGAGCAUUGCCUGCCGGGUAAGGGAGCGUCUGGAGAACAUGGGGGUCUCAAACGGAGCCACCUUCUGUGAGGACUUCCUGGUUCCCGGACAUAACCAGCUGGCCUGCUUCCAGGACGCGCUGGACAACUCGGCCUUCACGCUCCUGCUCCUGACGGAGAACUUCAAGAGCCACCUCUGCACCUUCCAGACAAACAUGGCUCUGAUGAACUCCUUCACCCGCAUAGUCAAAGCCAACUCGGUCAUUCCUUUUAUCCCCAAAGAAAGCCCGUUAAAGAAAGGGGAGAUGCCCGGCGUGCUGGCGGGGCUUGUGUCCCUGGAUGAGAACUCACGUGUUUUUGAAAGAAGGGCGAAGAACACGUUCAGACUUUCUGAGUUCCAAACGAAGAAGCUCACCUGGAGCAUGAACCAGCAGAUACGGCGUCAAGAACGGCUGCGUGAGCAGCAGCAAGAUUACUGGCAGAUGCAACAGCGCCUCUUAGCACUCAGCUUGCAGCCUGGAUACCCGGCCCAGGUGCCUUUCCCACCAACACAGAUGGGCCUUCCAGGACUGCCCCAGGUCCCACCCAGCCACGUUCCGCCGCCAUUUUUCCUCCCCACAUCCUCCAUGCCUGGGAUGUUCCAGCCUCCACCUGGGCCUGGCCAGGCCACUCACUUCCAGCCCUUUAGCGUGCCUCUUCCAACCCCGAUGCCACAAGGACCUCAGCCCCACCUGGUCAUUCAGCAUGCCCAGAUGGUUCAGAUUGGGGAUUACAACCGGAUGCAGGUGGAAAGGACCAACGCGGCGCUUGGCGUGGCUGACGAGAAGGUCGAUGAGAGCCAGGGAACGGAAGCGGAGGCAAGGCAGGCAUGAGGAUUGAAAAUAAAGCGGAUGGUUCUGGAGGUCUUUGUUGCAUUGGGAAUCCUGUGUACAGAUUUGGUGGUUCUGUCUUGAAACGAAUAUUGCAGAGGUGGAAAGGGCCAUGGGUGGGGUGACAGCUCAGGGGUAGAGUGUGUGCUUUGCAUGCGGAAGGUCCCCGG